AUGCCGUCCACAUUUGACAUAGAAACCUACAAAGGUAACAUCAUCAACAACGAGAUCGUCUCAACUCCUAAGACUCGCUACUCCAUCAAUCCGACAACUGGCAAAGCCCUGUACGAAGUCCCCGUGGCCCGAAAAGAGGACGGCUUUCAAGUCAUGGAGUGUUACUUCAUUCUCCGAGCGCGCAACACUGCUUCUCAAAUAUACCGACCUGAUCGAGUCACACCGUGA